AAACUUCGUUUGGAAUAGAAGUGUUCUGUGUUGAAUAAAAUUGGAUUUAACGUAGUUUACUAAUUUAUAUAUUAACUAUAUCUAACUAAUAUAUACGCAUUCGGAACUAAUAGAAAAGAGUUUUACGAUAUUUUGCGUCUUAGUAAUAUACGAUUAAUGUACACUUUUGAUUUUGAAUACGCCAACACUUACUUAUCUUCCAUGGAAAUCCCGGCUUUUUUAGCUUGUGAAGUUGCAGCCGAAGGAAGCAUGAAGUAUUCUGCCACACAUACAACGUAUUACGACGCACGGAACCGGUCAACCGAGUUCCUUAAUCUUUUUGCAGUGACUUGAAAAAAAAAAAAACUGAAUCCUGUGAAAAAUGAGCACCAAAAAGAAGAGUUUGGAUUUGUACUUAGCUGAGGUGUUUAAGCAAUUCAUUUCAAUCAAAGAUGAAGACUUUAAAAAGUCCCAAGAAGUGUUCAAAAGCGUUUUCGAGCAAGUCAAGCAGAAGAUGGGCGAACAGUGCAACUAUUUCAAGAAGUACAGCAAGAAUAUUAUGUAUGCCGGAAGCGUCUCAGAUAACAUCAAAGUGGGCAGAAUGGAUGAAUUCGAUAUGGACAUUGUCAUUCGGCUACCAAUCAAUUAUGGCGAAAUCAUCAUUGAAAACGAACAACCAGGCUUCGUUAAACUAAAAAUUACGAAUGCCUUUGACAACUUGGACAAACAGCCGGACUGGGAGAAGUGUCAUAAGGUGACGCGCGAAUGGCGGGACUCGGAGAAAUACUUCCUUCAGAAUAAGUUCCGACAGUGGAUGCACGGGAUCGUACAGAAGGCUCUGAACAUUAUGGAUAUGAAGGUGACCGUUAACGGUGAUGUAUACCUGCUGACGUACAAGGAAUCCGGUCCAGCUUACACGCUGAACAUCCGCAACGAUGAGGGCAAUGACAAGUAUUCUCUGGACGUCGACCUGGUGCCUGUCAUCAAAUUCACCUUCCCUGCUUGUCCAGAAGGUUACAGAGUAAUUGACGGUGUGAAAGCUAAAGAUUGGUUGGUGGUGCCCAAGCCGAACAAGGGGGUGAACGACAAGACUCUCGUAAACCGGUGCUGGCGUCUCUCCUUUCAAGAACAAGAGAGAGAACUCAUCAAGGACUGCAAGGCUUUGAAGACCACUAUCCGGCUGGUGAAAAAACUCCGCGAUGCUCUUGAGAUGAAAGCAAUCGCCAGCUACUAUAUCAAAUCGAUCUUCCUAAAGAAAGUCCACGAUAUGAAUGAUAAAACAUAUUGGCAAAACAAAGUGAGCGUCCUGUUUCGUACGAUGGUGGAAGAGUUGCAUUUAGCUAUUCUGAAGAAGGAGAUUCCUUUCUUUUGGAACUGCAAUCACAAUUUGAUCGAAGGCCUAAAGCCAACCCUGCAAAAGGUAUAUUCUGACAAACUGAGAGAUGUGCUCGCCAGUAUCGACGCGAACGACGUCGAGAAAGUCGUAGCCUACCUCCUGACUGCCGAAGAACUCAAACUGUUUAAGAACUCUGAAUUCUAUCAGAAACAAGCCGAGAAUUUAAGCAUUUCUGAAUGUUCAUCUGAUAGUUCAAUGUUCAAUCAACUAAAGAUGUUAAAUCUAGAACUAGAUGAAAUUGAUUCGCAGCGUGAUAAAGAUCAGGCGAAAGAUGAUAAAAUUCAGGAAUUUGAGGUUAAGCUUAAACAACUCGAAUGCAGAGUUAAUUACUUAGAGGAUAGGCUUCAAAGAUUGGAAAAUAAGCAAAUUGCCGAUAUUGUUAACGGUAAAAGUUCUGUGAAACCUGUGACCCCGAGAGGUAUGUCGAUGGCAGACGCUAAAAAAAUCCAAUUCCAGUAUGAUUAUGAAUGUGAAUAGAAGCUUUAAGAAUUGAUACGGGGUCCUUUUCAAAAGGAUCAGGUAAGCCCAUUAAAGGCAGUAUUAAAAGAGGAUUUUUACUUGAGUGACUUACAAAAGAAAUUUGUUGCAAUUGGACCAAUGAAAUAUGCGAAUUGCGAAGCAUUGCGUUUACUAUUUUAGUCUUUAAGCGAUGUGGCUGUGGCGUGUGGUUACUAAAAUUGAUCUCUGUAUAAGAAAAAAAUGAAUUCUUUAAAGCCAAAAUUUUAAUCUCUUAUUUUAUAUACUUAUGUACUGGAAUGAUAACUGUUACUUAAUUGUGGAUGACACAUUUAAACGAAUAAAAUAGUACUAUUUAC